AUUUCGUCAACGCGCUACCGACAGUUGCGACAAGUUAGCUGAACGCGAUAGGCUUGUGGACGUGAUUUUACUCGUUUCACGUGAAGUUUCAUUACAUAUUUUGUUCCGGCAGCCGUCAUGCUCCUCACCGGACAUCACCCUCAGACCGGAAGUUGGUCGAUGAAGUGGAUCAAAUUUUUCCUCUUCAUGACCAACGUGAUGUUCGUUUUCGUUGGGAUUCUUGUAAUUUCGACGGGUGCCGCAGUGCGAUCGGUUUACAGUGAUUUUACCGCCUUUGUUGAUGAGCAGUUCUACUCACCUGCGUGUAUGUUCAUCGUUGUGGGCGUGAUAACGGUUGCAAUUGCGACGUUCGGAUUCAUUGGGACAAUCCGGGAGAGCUCCCUGCUGAUCAAUAUAUACUGCGGACUACUAUUGGUCGUCUUUCUACUGGAGGUCACUGCCACCCUGGUUGGGGUACAUCAUCGUCACGAAGUGAAUGGAUUUUUGGCGCAAAGUUUGAACGGCUCCCUACAGCGGUAUCCAUGGAACAGCCAUAUCCAGAAGUCGGUGGAUUUCAUGCAAAUUGAGUUGGAAUGCUGCGGCGUCAAUAACUAUCAAGACUGGGAGGAUGUUUUCGCCGUGGUAGAUCUCGACAAUGGCGAUUUGGAGGCCGAGCUUCCGGCUUCGUGCUGCCGGGAAUACCUGGAUGGAGAGUGCGUUCCAUUCAACACGGGCUGCUUCCAGAAGAUGUACGCUCUGUUGAGGCAUUGUUCGAAAACGGUUUUCAGCGGUCUGCUGCUCGUUGCGGGUGUACAGAUUUCGGCGGCCUUGUUUGCCUUCAUUCUCGGAAAACGGAUAAGACUGGUCAAAACACGAUCUUCGCUGGAUGCUCUCAAAUACAAGACGACCGUAGGAGCUUUCGACUACAGACGACUGGCAGAACUUUCCAUCGAGAAAACAAAAGGUUAAAAUAUGGCAAUUUAAUUAUAUAAAAAUGUAUAUAUUUUACACAAUAGUUGAGAUAUGCAAUAAUAAACUCUUAGUCACCAACCACAA